AUGGCUGCUGAAGCAUUCAAGAAACACCAAGUGGUACCAGAUGUGGUUGGGGCAGCUCCUUCGAAAACUGUGAAGGCCACUUACGACGGUGGAGUUGAGGUGUGCUUGGGAAACGUCCUAACACCAACACAAGUGAAAAAUCCUCCUAAGCUUGUUUGGGAUACUGAUCAGGGAGCGUUGUACACUGUUAUUUUCACUGAUCCUGACGCCCCUUCACGAAAAGAGCCCACAUAUCGCGAGUGGCACCACUGGCUCGUCGUAAAUGUGCCAGGUAACGACAUUGGCCAAGGCGAUGUGCUGUCUGAGUAUGUUGGCUCUGGACCGCCAAAGGGCACUGGCCUUCAUCGCUACGUAUUUCUCGUUUACAAGCAACCCGACGGCCGUAUAACCGAUCCUGAGCACGGACAUCUUACAAAUCGCUCCGGUGAUGGCCGUGGAGGUUUCAAGACGGAAAACUUCGUCAAAAAGCACAAACUUGGUACACCAAUUGCUGGUAAUUUCUAUCAAGCGGAGUGGGAUGACUACGUGCCAAUCUUGUACAAGCAGCUCGGUGGAUGA